CAUGCUCCAAACAUUAUCAGUUGAUCUGUACUACUGGAUGGCAUGUAUGGAGAGUGCAAGUGGGAGAAGAGUGAUAUCAAAGUUUGGCCUAAAUAAUGACGAGAGUCAGAUUUUUUUCCUGGCACCAACCUCUGGCAGGCCAGUCCUGGUUGAACGUUUUUCAGGCCAGACCCUUGCCAACAUCAACAUGGGUGACAUUGAAGAUUGCAUUCAGCAGGGCCAAUUGGCCCUUCUGAAUUUAAAGAAGAAAUGCAAUAAAAAGGAGGAUCAAACCACUAAGAUGGAUAUGGAGUUAAGAGAGGUAAGGGGUCAGCGGGUACUGCCUGAGGACAAAGAGGGCAUUACAAUAAUCCUACGGUAUGGCAGUACCCGACUGAAACGCAAAUUCAAAGCAACUGCUCUUUUCCAGGAGGUGUAUGACUGGGCAGGGUCACAACAGAAUGUGCCCCUAAAUUUUACUCUGCAGAGACAAAAGCACGUGGUCAAACACCAAGAUCCCCUUCUGGGCAAGGAGGUGCUAGAUAUCUGCGAGAGGGAUCCAGAGGAAGCCAAGGCUCUCCUAGAUGACCAGGUUUGCUUCAAGGGAAAUGUGCCACUAGGCAAACAGGAAAUCCUGCAAACGACAGUCGAGGAUGAAGACCACCAAGACCAUUAUAAAAAGGAAAGAAGAAUGGAAAAAAGAAGAAAAAAGGAAAGGAAAGAGAAAAGAGAAAAGAAGAAGCAAAAGAGCGAAGAGAAAAAAGACGCAAGAGUAGAUAAAGAUGGAGAAUGUAGAAGAGAAGAUGCCAGCAUGGAAGGUGAGGAAGGAGAAAAGGUAGAAAAAGAAGAAAUAAAGGAAAUCAAUGCCAAAGGGGAAAAGAAAAAAAGGGAAAAAAGAACUGGCUGCCAAAGGAAGAAGUUGAAGAAGUAGUCAGAUGUUGGAUAAUGUAAGGAUAUUAUGGGGAGAAGUUACUUCUUAAUCACUUAUAGAAGUUAAAGGGUGAAAAAAAUUAAUGGAAGUUUUUAACCCUUUAACUCCCGGUGGUGAUUCACAUAAAACUUCUACCUACAAUAUCCAUACAUUCUCCAGCAAACAGGUAAAGAGAAUAUUAAAACUUAUCAGGUAGAAGCUGCUAUCUUGAUCUAGCACCAAGUUCUCAUAACUAAUUCACAAGGAAAUGUGUAGCAGCUACAGGGGAGGAUUAACAAUCAGAUCUUGGGAGUUAAAGGGUUAAACUAGUUUGUAAUUUAAUUAUGUGAAUGUUUGUUAUUCAUUAAGUAUUUAGUGGUUAUGAUUACUCAGUAAGUAAUCAUGCAUGUUUAUAAAUUUGAGUAUUCUUGUUACCUAUUUGUUGGAUAACAUAAGGAUUUUAUGGGAAGAAGUUGUUAACCUUUUAACUGCCACGAGUGACCCAGACAGAAUUUCUCCCUACAAUAUUAAUACAAUAUCAACCAGAUAAGUGAAGAGACCAAAGAAGAAUAUCAAUUUUGGGUUAAUUAGUUGAUCAAUACUAAAUUCUCUGACCUAACAUCAUAAGAAUUGUAUGGUUGAUAGUAAGGAGAAUUAAAAAUUCAAUCUGGGAGUUAAAGGGUUAAUCACUUCUAGGAGUCAAAGGGUGAAAAAAUGAAUGCAAGUUUUUAAACUAGUUUGUUGUUUAAUUAUGUUAAUGUUUGUUAUUCAUUAAGUAUUUAGUGGUUAUAAUUACUCACUAAGUAAUCAUGCAUGUUUAUAAAUUUUGAUCAAAGAAAAAUAUAAAUUAUUGUUGUUGUGCUGUAUCACAUUCAACAGAUGUAGGGCAGUUGUUAAUUAAAAGUUAACUCUCAAUCUUUUGAAACUGUUUCUUAAUUGUCCCCUCAAGCUGCUACACAAUUCCUUGUAGAUAGCUUAUGCAAAUUGGGUAUUGGAUCAAGAUGACAAUUUCUACCUGAUAAACAUGAGUAUUCUCAUUACCUAUUUGUUGGAUAAUGUAAGGAUAUUCUGGGGAGAAGUUUCAUGUUUAUCCCUUCUAGGGGUUAGAGGGUUAAAAAAUUAAUGCAAGUGUUUAAAAUAGUUUGUAUUCUAAUUAUGUUCAUGUUUUUUUAUCCAUUAAGUAUUUAGUGGUUAUGAUUAAUCAGCUGGUAAUCAUGCGUAUUUAUCAAUUAUGAAUUUUAAUAAAUUUUGCAAAUAACAUGUGCACUUUACAAUGGCAUGUUGAAAGUUAUCUUUAAAUAUGUGGUAGAAAGGGAACGUCAAAGGAGGAGAGCAUUUUGUUAGACACUAACAUACACCUGUUUCAACAAUAAAAUGAAUGUCCCAUCCCUUACCAUAUCUCUUUUAAAUAUUCUGGAUUAUUCUCAUAUUAACGGGGAAGGGGCUGAGGGGAAGAGAGGUUAAGACCCAAAAAAGUUGCGUCAUCAUCUGGUCACGAAGUUUCGUAAUUUUCGGUAGUUUAGCAGCCACGAAAUAAGAAAGAAUAGAGAACCCAUUUAUGGGCGAUACACAAGUGUAAGAAAGCGUUCUUAGCUAGUUCCUGCAUUACAAUGAGCUCGAUAACGGUGUCGUAAGAAAACUGAUACCGAAUAGUUAACAUUUCAAUUUUUACAUUCGCCUGCUUCCCGAGAUUUUUUUAUAGUGGCAGCGAACUCAAAUUUUUGCUUAAGUCCGUUAAUCCCAAACUUCAUUAACCAGUCGCGUCUUUGAGCUUCUGCAAUAGAGUGUAGAUGCGCUGCUCCUUGGAUACCAGCCUCUCGGUCACUCCUCCGUGGAACAAGACACGACCCACUCUA